AAAGAUCCUCUAGUGAGCCCCGACAACAAAACAGCACCUUCCCCUCACACUGCUCACACUGCUCAUAUCUUCAUAGGAGGAGAAAAGCCUAUUUCAAUGAUGUCAACAGAAUGUGUUCAGCCACUUGAUAUCCCAGCUGACAGACUGGACAAGCAAGAUUCACAGCGUGACCAUUUAGAAGAUCUUUCAGAACAGCUGAUUAAGAGCUGUGACCUCAAAAAUAAACCAAGAAAAGGUAAAACUCUCACAGCCUCCCAGAAGACUGAACAGGAGCAAAAGAAGCCAAAGAGAAAAGAUACACCGGCUUUGCACACUCCACCUCUUCUAACAGGCAUAGUUUCAGACUCGUCUGAAAAUCUGCUGAAAAGGUAUGAUAUCACAGAGAAGUCACAGAGAGAGAGAGUGACUCCAGUCUCUCAAAUUACUGAACUGGAGCAGAAAAAGCCCAGAAGAAAAGAUACGCCUGCAAUACACAUCCCACCUUUGAUAAUAGGCACUAAGCUGUUUACAGAAGAACAAACAGUGAUUAUAGAAGAUGAAGAAAAGGAUGGAGACAUAAUCCGCAGUUAGAUUACAGUGAUAUUUCAAUAAUACAGUGUAAAUAAUCAUGGGUCAUUCAAAGUGGCAGCACAUUAAAAAAGAUCUUUCACCUUUAUAAAUAAUUUUCUCAGUUGUACACUCAAAUUUAAACUGCCAUCAAGUGCUUAUCUGCUUAUUUGCAUCUCAUAAUUCCCAGCAAGAAUCAUUGGACAUGAAUGGCAGAAACUUCAGUUACACAGGGUUUGAAAGAUUCUGUCAGUUUACUACAAAUGGAUUCCUAGCAUUUUUGUUAAUGAGGAAUCCACCUCAGAUCAGAUCUAGUUUUGUGCAGUGUAGUACUCAUACAGUACCUGGCACUAGAAGUGGUAAUGCAGAGUAGU